CGGCAAUCGUCGAAAGCACAACUAAUUUUUAGUAGAAAGUCGCAGCUAAUACGCAACUAGCAUAACGCCGCAAGUAAUUAGUUAAUUUAUGUUUGGUACAUCAUGACUCCUACGUCAAAAAUGGCCGCCAUCCAGUUUUGCCUACUUGUACUAUUGCAAAUUCUUAAUCAAUGCGCUGCACGUGUGGUAGCGCCAACACAGGAGAUUGUGGCGCCGCAGCCUGCGAUUAGUGGCAUACUGUAUCAGAAAUCUCUCACCGCAGAUCAUUUAUACGAUGAGCCAAAUACGUUAAAAUACGCACAACAACGUGACCAACUCAUCCAAGCUGAGCAACUCCUUCUCACUGGCGGUCACUUGCAGCUUGACGAAAAUGAGUUGACGGUACAUCAAAUUUUCAUGCGCCACAAACUAAUGGAACUCACUUACGGCAUGCAAAAUCCGCACGAACACGCACCGGCGUUGCACUUUUUCAAAGCCAAGCCGCUCAUCGAACAGAGCAAUGUUUUCAAAUUCUUACAAGCCAUGCCGAAGGGCGCCAUUUUGCACGUACACCGCACUCCUGCGGUUUCCGUCGAUUGGCUAAUCGGAAAUCUCACCUACACGCCUGGUCUCUUGAAAUGCUUCACUGCGCGCGGCAGUGUUGUGCUGAGCUUCCGUGAGGACGCCAAGAAACAUGGCUGCCGCUCGGUUUACUACAAUGUGCAGCAGGAGCGUGAGCGCACACUCUCAAGGAGUCGAUAUGAUAGUUUUUUGGGAACUAAACUUAGUUUGUACUCGCGUUUGCCGGAACUUGAAUACAAUGAUCAGAACAAGGUUUGGCGACGAUUCGAAGACAUAUUCGACACUGUAAGUGAUACCAUAGGCUAUGAACCAGUUUUUCGUAUGUUUCACUGGCAGCUGAUGGAAGAGAUGUACGAGGAUAAUAUAAUGUACGCGGAGCUACGCAUGAAAUUCAAACCGCUUUAUGGCGCUAAUGGCACCACAGUUGCAACUGAGUACGAAGCCGCCGACAUUCUUUUAGAGCUAAUAGGUGAGUUCAAGCGUUCACACCCCAGCUUCUUAGGUCUAAAAAUAAUCUAUGUGGCGCAUCGUGGCUCAGAUGAUGUUAAAAUGUUUAAAGCUUUCCAAACAUUCAAAGACUUCCAUGAACGAUAUCCCGAUUUCGUUAUCGGUUUUGAUCUGAUCGGACAGGAGGAUAAGGGAAAAGCUUUGCAAGCGUUUGCGUCCAUUUUACAGAAUUUACCGAAGUCUGCAAAGUAUUUCUUUCACGCCGGGGAAACAAAUUGGCUGGGCUCGUCAGUGGAUUUGAAUUUAGUCGAUGCUAUUCUUUUGAAUACCACACGCAUUGGACAUGGUUAUUCGCUGAUGAAGCAUCCCUUGCUUAGCAAGGCCGUUAAAGAGCGUGACAUUGCGCUCGAAAUUAGUCCGCUCUCGAAUCAGGUGUUGAAUUUAGUUUGGGAUUUGCGAAAUCAUCCGGGUGGCUACUUUAUGUCCGAGAAUAUACCGUUAGUAAUCUCGAAUGACGAUCCGGGUUUUUGGAAUGCUAAAGGUUUGAGUUAUGAUUUCUAUUACGCGAUUAUGAGUUUCGCACCGAGUAAUGCUGGCUUGAAAACACUCAAGAGUCUAGUGUGGAAUUCUAUUAAGUACUCGGCGUUGAGUGAUACGGAGAAAGAGUAUGCGUAUGCGCAGUUGCAGAGUGAUUGGUCCGCAUUUCUGGAUCGUGUCAUUAGCGGGGAAGUAGUGUAAUUUGUCCUUAGAUACAUACAUAUAGUAUAGAUGUAUA